GGCACCCCAAAACCCAUGGUGAGCCCCACCGUGACUCAGCGCGGCAUCGCCCCUUUAAGGCCCCGCCCCGCUGUGGGGGGGGAGCUGACGUCGUCACGGCGCGGCCACGCCCCCGCCCCACGCGCCCCGCCGCACCCCGCGACCAGCUCGCCUCCCGCAGCGCCCGGACGUCUGGCCGUCGCGAUGUCCCCACCGGUGGCAGCGCUGAGCCCGGAGCAGAAGCAGGAGCUGGCGUCCAUCGCCCAGCGUAUCGUAGCUCCCGGGAAGGGCAUCCUGGCCGCCGAUGAGUCCACUGGCAGCAUCGCCAAGCGCCUGAGCUCGGUGGGAGCGGAGAACACGGAAGAGAACCGGCGCUGGUACCGGCAGCUGCUCUUCACUGCCGACAGCCGGGUGGACCCGUGCAUCGGUGGGGUCAUCCUCUUCCACGAGACCCUCUACCAGAAGGCGGACGAUGGGCGUCCCUUCCCCCAGGUCAUCCGCAGCAAGGGCGCCCUCGUCGGCAUCAAGGUGGACAAGGGGGUGGUGCCCCUGGCUGGCACCAACGGCGAGACCACGACCCAGGGGCUGGACGGGCUGAUGGAACGCUGCGCCCAGUACAAGAAGGACGGGGCCGACUUCGCCAAGUGGCGCUGUGUCCUCAAGAUCUCCGAGCACACGCCCACGCGCCUGGCCGUGAUGGAGAACGCCAACGUCCUCGCCCGCUACGCCAGCAUCUGCCAGCAGAACGGCAUCGUCCCCAUCGUGGAGCCUGAGAUCCUCCCGGAUGGUGACCACGACCUGAAGCACUGCCAGUACGUGACCGAGAAGGUGCUGGCGGCCGUCUACAAGGCGCUGAGCGACCACCACGUCUACCUGGAGGGGACGCUGCUGAAGCCCAACAUGGUGACACCGGGCCACGCCUGCACCAAGAAGUACACCCCCGAGGAGAUCGCCAUGGCCACCGUCACCGCCCUGCGCCGCACUGUGCCCCCCGCCGUCCCCGGCAUCACGUUCCUGUCGGGAGGUCAGAGCGAGGAGGAGGCGUCCCUCAACCUCAACGCCAUCAACCGUUGUCCCCUGGCGCGACCAUGGGCCCUGACCUUCUCCUACGGGCGGGCGCUGCAGGCCUCGGCGCUGCGGGCCUGGGCCGGCAAGAAGGACAACACCAAGGCGGCCCAGGAGGAGUACGUCAAGAGGGCUCUGGCCAACUCCCUGGCCUGCCAGGGCAAAUACACCCCGAGCGGCCCGGCGGGGGCGGCCGCCAGCGAGUCCCUCUUCAUCUCCAACCACGCCUACUGACGUCGCCUCGCUCCGCUCUACGUCACCGCAUCGCUCUACGUCACCGCGUCGCUCUACGUCACCGCGCCGGGACACGCCCUCCCUUCCCCCCCCCCCCCCCUUUUACCCGUCCAGGCGGGACAAUAAAAUGGCGACGGCCUGAGCAA